UCUGCUUCUGUUUUUGAGAGCCACCACUCAAAAUCGUGUUGUUUUGUCAUUGGGAAUGGAAAACCUAACGCCAGAGCAAUGGCGAGAGAUUAUGAGCAAGAAGAUGCGGUUCUCUCCAGCGCUCAUCAGUGCCAUUCAGGAGGGGAAAACAGCGCUGCUGUGCGGACUGUUGAAGACAGGUGACGGCAUCACCCGCCAGCUGGAUGAGUCUGAGGAUCGCCAGUGGAGGGAGGCCCUCAACCUCUCCAUCCGCUUGGGCAACGAGGAUGCCAUGGACGCCCUCCUGCAAGGAGUCAAGUUUGACUUCCGGCAGAUUCAUGAGGCUCUGCUAGUCGCCGUGGACACCAACCAGCCCAUAGUGGUGAAGCGUCUCCUGGACCGCUUGGAUCAGGAGAAAGGGAACAAGAUGGACGUACGGUCCUUCUCUCAGGCCAUAUUUGAUCGUUCUGUUGACAACUCUCAGUUUGCCCCUGGUGUGACCCCUCUGACUUUAGCCUGCCAGAAAGACCUGUACGACAUUGUUACCAUGCUCACCCAGAAAGGCCACGUCAUCCCGUGGCCACAUAAGAUCUCCUGCGCCUGUUUGGAGUGUUCUAACGGCCGGCAGUAUGACCUGCUGAAGUUCUCCCUGUCUCGCAUCAAUACUUAUCGUGGCAUUGCCAGCCGUGCCUACCUGUCUAUCACCUCUGACGAUGCCAUGCUCAGCGCCUUCAGUCUUAGCAGAGAACUCCGUAAGCUGUCACAGAAAGAGCCAGAGUUCAAGCCUCAGUACCUGAGCCUGGAGCAGAUCUGUCAGGAGUUUGCCGUGGAGUUGCUGGGCAUGUGUCGCAACCAGAGCGAGGUAACCACUAUUUUGAACAGCUGUGGAAAUGAAACUCAGGAUUCCUUGGAUGAACAAGCCUUUGAGGAAGGAAUCCCCAGCCUGUCUCGCCUGCGGCUUGCAGUCAACUACAACCAGAAGCAGUUUGUGGCGCACCCAAUCUGCCAGCAGGUUCUGUCCUCUAUCUGGUGUGGGAAACUGGCAGGCUGGAGAGGUAGCAGAACGGCCUGGAAGCUGUUUGUCUCUAUGGGAAUCUUUCUUACCAUGCCCCUUCUUUGCCUUGUCUACUGGAUUGCACCGAAGUCAAAGCUGGGAAAGCUAGUAAGAAUUCCUGUGAUCAAGUUUCUUCUUCACUCUGCAUCCUACCUGUGGUUUCUCAUUACAUUACUUGGGGAAUCGAUAACCAUGGAGCUAUAUCGGGACACAUUUGCUUCCCGGCAGCAGAACCUUCUGCACAGCUCCUUUCACAUGGUGUGGGUGGUCGGAUUCUUCUGGUAUGAGUGUAAGGAAGUGUGGAUCGAGGGGCUUCGGAGUUACUUCCUAGACUGGUGGAACUGCUUGGACGUGAUGGUGCUCAGCAUGUACCUGGCAUCUUUUGCGUUACGUGUGCUUAUCUUGCUCAAAGGUUUCUUCCUCUGCCAUGAUCAUGAUGGCACAGAGGAGUGUGUCUACUUCACCCAGACUUCACGUGACAAUUGGCACCAGGAAGAUCCUCAGCUGAUUGCCGAGGUGCUCUUUGCAGUGACGAGCAUGUUAAGCUUCACACGACUGGCAUAUAUCCUGCCAGCCCACGAAUCUCUGGGAACACUACAGAUCUCCAUUGGAAAGAUGAUUGAUGAUAUGAUGAGAUUUAUGUUCAUACUGAUGAUCAUUGGCACCGCCUUCCUUUGUGGCAUCAACAAUAUCUAUGUUCCUUAUGUCAUUUCUCCAAAUCUUGGCAGGUUUAAUGAGACCUUCCGCUUCCUGUUCUGGACCAUGUUUGGAGUUGUAAACCAGGAAUAUGUGGACAUGCCAGACUUUGUGUUGGCAGAAUUUGUAGGAAGGAUCCUGUAUGGCAUCUUCACUCUUGUCAUUGUCAUUGUACUUCUCAACAUGCUUAUUGCCAUGAUAACAAACUCCUUUCAGAAAAUUGAGGAUGAUGCGGACGUUGAGUGGAAAUUUGCCAGGUCAAAGCUGUACCUCAGCUACUUCAGAGAGGGCCUCACCAUGCCUGUGCCUUUCAACAUCAUCCCCUCCCCCAAAGCCAUUUUUUACAUCCUAAGGGGCAUCGUUAGACGGAUCUGCUGCUGCUGCACUUGUUCCUCUGAGCAAAAAUAUCCCCCCAUAGCCUCUAUAUCCAGUGAUAAGGGGUCUGAAGAUGGCCAGUUAUCGUACCGUCAGCAGGUGAUCACGGCACUGGUGCAGCGCUACAUUGAGUCAGCUCGCAGGGAGUUUGAGGAGACCAAGAGGAAAGAUAUUGGAAAUCGAAUGACUGAGCUAAGCAAAGCGGUCGCCAGGAUGCACAACGAUCUGAAAGUCGCCCAGCAGUACGCAAUGGAUGAUGGACACGAUACAAGCGAUGCCCUGACCAAGAAUGGCUCCUCUGUACUGGGGAAAUACAUCACUGGUGCCAAGAACAAUUUCAGAGGUUUUAACACCAGACAAGAUGACAAAUGCACAGCUCUUAAGGUGACUGUGCACAGCAAUGAGGAAAAGCUGGAUAAAGAAAAGCUUGAAGCACAGAUGGAAUCAGACAUUCAACAGAAUGAGGUGGAUGAAUGUAGAGACGAGGGACAAUUUCCUGACUCUGUUGUGGUGAAAAUGGAGGAAGGCCAAGCUCAGGCUGAACAAGAGGAAAAGAAGGAAAUUAAGUCAGACGAGAAGGAGAAAGCAGCCAAAAGUGAAAUUAGUGUAAAUAAAGUGAAAGAGAAGAAAAAAGGAGGAAACGGUUUUACUAACACCGAAGAAACGGUGAGUGAUGAGGCCACGGAUGAAGAGGCAGAAACCCUAAGUGAAGGAGGGAUGAACAAAGAGGGAAGAGCGCCAGAUGAACACAUGACCUCUGCACAUGCCGAGAGCAUCGAAGUGAGUGACGAAAAGGUAGAAACCAAAAAAAUAAUCAGCAAGUUCAAUCACAUUGAGCUACAAGAAAAAAAAGCAGCACAACCGAGCUGGAUGAAGGGAAGAAAGCCUGAGCAUAAUGUAGCAGAGAAGCCUCACAAUGAGAAGAGCAAUAAAAAACCUGAAAUGAAGAAGAUGAUUCCUUCACCUACAGGAAGCAGCAGCUCCCAGGACACGGGUUUUGGUUCCCAAGAAGGGGAAGAAUCGAUUGAUGGCACACCAGUGAGACCUUAACCUUUGAGGUGACCUUGCAGCGUCUUUGGUCACUUUAUGCAAUAUCUGAUAAGAGUCUGCAGCUGAGCAGAGUUUUGAGAUGUCCACUUUUUCCCCAUGUCUUAAAAAGUAAACAAAGGAUCAGCAGAGAAACUGUCAGUUUGCAUGCAAGAUAUUUUCCACUACCUAAAAACAUUUGCUUUUAUCCAUUCAUCUUUAGAUUGCCAAACAUUUUGUCAUGUAGUCUAUUUCUAAGCCCAAGGAUGAAAACUGCAGAGGCUUGCCAGCAAUGCUUUAGAGCUUCUUCAUACCUUUAGAAAACCCCUCUUUAAAUGUGUUGUUUGAUCUGCACAAAAACUGCAAAGUAUAGUUGAAAGUUUUAAUAAAUGAGCUUUAAGGAUGUUUGAGUGCAGAUGUGUGUGUAGCAACUGUAGCUCUCUGGAUACCUGUGCACAAACUUGUGAAAUGUGUUUCUCAAAACCCAGAAGCUUCUGAGCUUGCUUUCAUCUCCCAAGACGAUUCCAUUUCAUUUAGGUUGUUAGUUAUUUAUCGGAAAGAUAGACUGCUGUUAAAGUUUUCAAUUUACAUUCAUUGAAAUAAAAGU